AGAAUGUUGACGUAAAUUCUGUAUUGAAGAUACAGCAUCUGCAACGACUGGGAACAUGGGCUGGUGGGGUAGCUAGAAUACCUCCUUUGGGUGCUUUUUUUGGAGCAUGUUUGGCUGCAGAAGCAGAGGCAUCAGGGAUUCCUCUAGAUCAUUCAACUUUUCUUUGCCAGAGAUGCGAAACCGUCUUGCAGCCUGGCUUUAACUGCACCAUCCGAAUAGAAAAGUGUGUGAACAAGGGAAGAUGGCACAAGAAGGCUAGUGUUCUCUGUAAGAACAGUGUGGUCUACACAUGCCACUUCUGCUCUCAUCGGAACCUAAAGUGGGGGACUGCUGAAGGCCAUAUGAAAAAUCUAAUUGCUUCGAGACUUAGCCAAGAUUCAGACUCAAAUCAACAUUGGUCCGCAUAUAGAGCAAGUGGUAACUCUGAGAAUGUAUUAGCUGCUACACAUGAGGUUCAUCAGGAUGUUGGAGAGGAAAUCCCUUUAAAACUAGAACCUGUAUCCGAGUUGAAAUCUCUCACUCCUGGAAAAGCAGCAGUAACUGAAGAGGUUCUUGCUAAGAUUCCAGUAACUCCACUAGAAAAACUGGCGAAUACAUCUGAGAGGAAAAGGAAGGUCAGUGGCUCUACUCCUAACAAGCUUCCAGUUGGUGGAAAUCAUUCAGAAAUAACUUAUUCAGGAAUGGGGACUGUUUCCAGUAAGCGGCGAAGGAGAGCAUGGUCUAGCUUGAAGGAGAUCACCAAAGAGAGCGAGCUUGAGAAUGCUAGGAACCUCAGUAGUUUUGCAAUCCCAUUUCAUAUAUAGGUGGCCGCCUGACAAAGAAGGUGAGACCCAAUUUUGUUAGUGCCAUUCCAGAAUAUAGAGAGGAAAUCUAUCCUUGGUUAUCUGCGGAAUUAGGAUAUUAUCUGUUAAAGAAUGCUAUUUUCACAUAAUUUAUGCGAAGAUUGAAGAAUGCUUGAACAUAGAGCUUCCAGAAGAGUGCAUGGCGUUCUGGAUUUUCGGCCACUGACCUUGCAUUAGCUUCUCUAAUGUUAUGGAAUAUGGUCUGUCUUCAAUGUCCAUGUUCCUUAUGGGUCCGUUAAUGAAUAGGGUGGUAAUUAGGUAUAAUUGAACCACAAAAAUGCAAAACUCUCUUUCUCUCUC